AAAGAAAGAAAAAUUGCUGGCGGGUCUGCUUUAGGCCCAUGCUUUUACGCAGAGGCCCGACUGGUACACGUGUACACUCUUUUGCGCCAGUACAGUUGGCGUUCUCGGAGUCUCGUCUGGCAAUGGCUUCUCCCUUAACGGCCGCGUGUCGCGUAAGGGGCUUGGUAUUGUACUGGGCCAUCUGUGUCACCACAUUUUCAACUUGCGUUUGUGCGCACGACCAUGGCCAUUCGCACAGUAGCAAGCCGUCCAAGGCGGUUCAGUUUCGAGAAAGAUGGGACGCCACCGAUGUAAUCCGGGAUGUAGAGCACAUCAAAGAGGAUCUGGCCACUCUGGUAGACAUGAAGAGCACGGGAGAGAUGACGGACGAGGAGAUCACCUUUUACUUUUUCCGAAUGCACGACUUCGACGACAACACUAUGCUGGACGGUAUUGAGUUUCUGUCUGCUAUGCAACACACUAUUGACCAUGGCUUCGCGCCCGGUGUAGCACCGAACAACCUUGACGAUAUGAUUAAGCUGGUCGAUGGAGCCUUCAUGCUUGACACAAACAACGAUGGUUUUAUCUCCUAUCCGGAGUUGAGAGUAACACUUAAAGAAAAAUAGAAGCUCAUAAAAAGGAGUAGCGAGUGCAUCGUUGAAUACAGACGAAGUGAUGCUUCACACUUUUACCAGUACUGCCUGCCUCUCUUGAGAAAUAAAAGCUUACUUAAUGUUCGAA